AUGUACUGUUACCCUGUGACCUUUCCCGGUCUUUUGGCUCUUCUCAGGAUGUCCAGAAAGUUGGGACUUAUUCUAUUCGCAAUUUCCAUUUGCACCUCCUUUCAAUUUGGCUACCAUACCGGGGUGAUAAACGCCCCACUUGAGCUUAUUUCAGAUUUCAUCUCGAACGUGACCGAUUCCCGGUAUGGGACGCCCGAGAAGGCCUAUGUCACCACAUUGACUUCAUUUUGUGUUGCGUCCUUCCUUAUCAGCGGCAUUUUAGGAGCACUUUUAAGUGGUGUAUUUGCCAACAAACUUGGUCGAAAGAAAUCCGUCAUCAUUCUUUCCCUACCUUGCAUUCUGGGAAGUAUCCUGUUAAUGAUAUCCCUGGUAUCCAACUCCUUCGAACUCAUCAUCGUUGGAAGACUACUCAUCGGCCUCGCUUGCGGAUCUUAUACCGGAAUUGGUCCAAUGUACAUGUCUGAAAUUUCGCCUACUUCUGUCAGAGGUGCUUCGGGUGUUCUCAACCAACUAGUUAUUGUUAGUUCAAUACUGAUUUCCCAAAUUCUCGGCCUUUCUGAACUCAUGGGGACAAAGCAGUUGUGGCCAUACCUUCUUGGAUUGAACAUAAUUCCAUGUGUUAUCGGUAUGGUCAUUUUGUUCUGGUGUCCCGAGAGUCCCCGUUAUCUUUACCUAAUGAAACGCGACAUCAUGGCUGCCAGGGAAGCACUUCGGAAGUUACGCGGGUCGCUGGCGGACGUUCAGUCUGAAAUGGACCAAUUGGCUCUGGAGGCGGAGACUCAAGCAGCCAAAGUUUCGGUGUUCUCUUUGCUUAAGGUUCAACACCUCCGUCGUGCAUUGUGCAUUGCUAUACUCGCACAGAUGGGACAGCAGUUGUCCGGAAUCAACGGGCUCUUCUACUAUUCGGUGAAACUUUUAACUUCUCUCGGACUAUCAAAUGCUCAAGCCGCGUAUGUUAACAUUGGCAUCGGAUGCACUUUGGUGGCCGUGACCAUCGUGUCUGUCUUUAUUAUCGAUCGACUUGGGAGAAGAGUUUUGUUGAUAGGCGGGUUUGCCGAUGCGUGCAUCUGCCUUCUAGUCUUCAGUGCUUGCAUUAUUGGACGUAAAUUGGGCAACGUCAAUUGGCCCAUCUACAUGGCAAUCGUGUUCAUUUAUUUGUUUGUGUGCGGUUUCGCCAUUGGCCCAGGCUCCAUUCCUUGGUUCAUCGUGCCUGAAUUGUUUGGACAGGAGACGAGAGAUGCCGCCCUCUCCACGGCCAUCACUGCCAAUUGGAUAUGCAACAUCAUCGUCGCACUGGGCUUCAUACAACUGGUGGACUACAUUGACAUCUACUCGUUCAUACCGUCGGCCUGUAUUCUUCUGGUAAUCAUCGUCUUAUUGUUCCUGUAUCUGCCCGAGACCAUGAAUCGUUCUGUGGCAUCAAUAGAGAGCGAACUGAAGCGUCCCGUUCGUUGCAGUCCACGUCGGUACUCCUACCGAUCCGCCAGGUCACUGGAAUCCGACGUCGAGGUAUCUGUUACGCGCGACGGUGGACCCAAUGAACCAGAAAAACAAUGACCGUUCGCUAGCCGGAAAAUUCAACAUACCGAACUCUCUAUUAUUUUCCUGUUGUUUUCACCACUCUUCCUUGUUUUCGUCCAAUCAGGUUGAAAAUCAUUUGUAAACUUUUCCUAUUGACUUUGUGCUAGUGAAUAUUUUUCGACUUAUUUUCUAUAUUUCUUGAUUGAACACACUACAUAAUCUGAUUGUGUUGCUCGCGGUGUUAUACAUAUAUGACAUACUAAAUCAAA